AUGGCCCCGCAGCUUGAAAAUGGCUGGACAUCGUUCACGACAGCUCUACUUUCCCCAGACGCGAAACGACGAGGAAUCAUGUUCCAACUACCUAACCCACCUCCUCGAAAACCACUAGUGCUCCCCGCCCUUGAAGAAUUCAUCUGCUCACAACCAGGCACCUUGGCUUGUCGCAAUUUUCGUCCACCGGACGUUUCAGUUACUCAGCCAUCGAGAAAUGAGCGGUCUCUGAUAUCGAAAAUACGUUCCUGCAUAUCCCAAAAGAAGAGAGCAAAGCAUAACAAUGAGGACCGGGUUGAGGAAGCAGUCUCGUCUAUCAAACCAAGCAAGGGCAAGAAGCAGCUGGCAAGUCGAGUUGGGACUGUCAUAAAGAAUGUUUUGCGAUGGCUCGCGGGGCCGACUCCCGAGCUGAAGUAG